GGCGGUGGGAGCUCCUCGGUCAUGGCCCGUCCGGGAGCUCUCCCGGGACAAGGGGAGCGAGGCUGGGAGUGGGGACAGCGGCGUUCUUGGGGGCGGGCAGGGCGGUGCCGGGGGCGGUGCCCGUGCCUUCCGGGGGGGCGGGCCUGGGCGGGCCGAGGGGCGGGGCCGGCGCGAUCCCGCGGCGCUUCGCUCUGGGCUUUGGGGCUGUUUCGGGCUGUUUUUGGGUGCAGAUUUUGGGAGACUGCGCACCCCCUCCCCUGGACACAGCCCCGCCCCAGCUCGCUGCACUCCCCGCACCCCUUGCUCAGCUCCGCGGGGAUUUGUGCCUCCUCUGAAGGUGGCAAAUGUCUGCAAAGCCAGUCGGGAAGCCAGAGAGCUGCAUCCCCUGGGCCCCGCCGCGGCUUCCCCGCCGUCACCCGGCCCCUCUCGCCCGUCCCGCCCCGCAGCGCCGCUCCCGCUGCCGCCCUCAAACACAAAGAACAAACCCCCGUGCCCCCAGCACAGGCCGGUCCCUCCCCGGCAGCCUCGGCAGCGCCAGAAGGGCCGGGAGCGGCCGCAGCCCCCAACGCCGGCCCUUCAAGCCUGGCCCGGCCAACGCCUCGCUCCCCACGGGCGCCGCUUCCCAGCCCGCCCCGACCGCCGGGCCCUGCCUCGCAGUCGCCGCCUGGCGGACACGGCCGGGAGCGGCACUACAGCCCCCCCCCCGCUACUCACCCCCAAGGGCCUCAAGGACUCCCGGAGCGCAGACUGGCAAAAAUACACGCCCUGCAAGACCCACGUCGCCUUUCGCAACUCAGCUUCCCAAAGGAUUUCUCUCUCCCGGCGGCGGCAGCAGCAGCAGCAGCAGCAGCAGCAGCAGCGGCAGCAACGCUCCCUGGGAAGCCCUGACCGAGGCUGGGAAUCGACACACAACAAGCCAAGAGCAUUAACUCGGCCCCAAAACACUCCACAAGAAACCAAUUUAGAGUCACCUUUGUCUCAUCCUCCCGUGCAGGCCCAGGCUUUGGGAUUCCAAGGCAAAGCCCGAGAGGCCCAGAGAGCAGCAGCCCCUCAGCCCCAGCACGGCCUCCCCCGGGCUCCCCCGGCCGGGAACCGGCCUAGCCAGCCCCUGCUGUGCAGCACAGCAGGCGGGGGGAUGACUUUUGGGACCCCUCCCUGGCCACUGCAGAGCAAUGCAGGCAUCGGGGCCAAGUCCUGCCCGGCCCCCGGGCACUGCAGACAGUUCAGGCCCAGCAGCAGCAGCAGCAGCAGCUGUUCUGCCUCUUGCUCCCCUCUCAAUUGGAACCGAACGGUGAGGAACAAGCCCCGGGCACAAUCGGCACCGAGCAGCAAGGCCUGGGCUCGCCAGAGGCCUGGGCCUGCCUAGUCCAGGCUCUGGGCUUCCUUUGCUUUCUUCCUCUGCAAUUCUCCUGCCCUGGGAAGUGUUAAAAGACAGACUGCUCAGUGAGACAUGCCCUGACACAGCAAUAAAUUCCAAGACCAGAAAA